UAGGACUUGAACCCAGGUCCUCUGGAAGAGCAGUCAGUGCUCUUAACCACUGAGCCAUCACUCCAACCCCCUGCCUGGCAUCUUAGGGAGCCUUGGAGCAGCUUCUGGGAAAUAAACUCUUGACACUCUGGAUUCCACCCCCCUGAACUUGAGAAAUAACCUUGGAAGCGCCACAGGGUUCUGGACACCGAAGGGCCACAUCACCAGAACUAUCUCUUGGAGCCCUAUUCCUGGGUGUGUGGGGGGUAGGGAAGUUCGCAGGGGAUGUGUAAAAAAGAGGAACUAGGCUGGAGGCUGGGGCCCUUGGGUCAUGGGGCCUCAGAGGACCGGAAAGGGGCCCCUUCCACCCCCCUCAGCACAGGCACUGGGCAGGGGGUGGGGUUCAAAGCCAGAAUAACCGCAGAGGACACCAGAGGCAGCCUUGCCUCAUUUCCUCUUUGCAUGAAGAGUUCGGUUCCAGGGUCUCCUGGGGGCUAGGGUCUUCCAGUGCCUAGGGGAGCAAGCAGCAAGCCCUGGGGGGGUGACUGCCAGUUCUGGCCACCGUGGGCCAGAAGGUGCGCGCUCCCGUGAUCCCUGCCUGCUGGUUUCCUCCGGGGUCAGUGCAGCUCCUUAUCAGGCGCGGCCAGGCAGUCAGACCCUUAUCUGCACGGGCCCAGCAUCCUCUGGCCUCUGCGCCAGGGGGUAAGAGGGAGGAAGCCAGGCUGUCGGGGGUGGGGAAAAGGCGGGUCGGUACAGGAGCCGCUCACUUUCUCUCGGGGUUACCCAACACGCCGCCGCCGCCGCCGCCUCCGAGACUCGCUCAGGCCCUCCGGAGCCCGGGAGGUGGCGCCGCCCAGCUCUGAGGUCCAACGGGACCACCUGGGGCACACUGACCGGACUGGACAGUGGAAACCGCCUCCUGGCCUGGAUUGACAGCCCUGACCACACAGCACUCCAGACUGCGACAACUGCUACAGGGUUAGCAUUCCAUCCUUGGGGUCCAUGUGCCCACCCCAGGCCCAGGCAGAGGUGGGUUCCGCCAUGACUGAGAAAGUUGAGAUGGUGCACGCCUCCAGCCCUGUGCUUGCACCUCCCGCUAAGCCCGCCUCACCUGGGCCCCUUCCUGUGGAGGUGGACCACCGAAACCCGGCAUGCACCCCCUGGUUGCCUCCAGGUGUGCCAGUGAUAAACCUGGGUCAUACCAGGCCCACAGGGGCAGCCAUGCCCACCACAGAGCUGAGUGCUCUUCGGCCCUCCUUGCUGCAGUUAGCGGCCUUAGGAGCAGCUCCGCCCACCCUGGCCCUGCAUUACCACCCCCACCCCUUCCUCAACAGCGUCUACAUUGGGCCAGCAGGACCCUUCAGCAUCUUCCCUCACAGCCGGCUGAAGCGAAGACCAAGCCACGGUGAGCUGGACUUGGCUGAGGGGCACCAACCCCAGAAGGUGGCUCGUCGCGUGUUCACCAACAGCCGAGAGCGCUGGCGGCAACAGCACGUUAACGGCGCCUUCGCGGAGCUCAGGAAGCUGCUGCCCACCCACCCGCCCGACCGGAAGCUGAGCAAGAACGAGGUGCUGCGUCUGGCCAUGAAGUACAUCGGUUUCCUGGUGCGGCUGCUGCGAGACCAGGCGGCUGUGCUCGCCUCGGGCCCCAGCGCUCCCGAGCCCCGCAAGCCACCUGCGCACCGGGGAGUAGAGAGCGGUGCGCGCUGCGGGGCCCGACACAGGGUGGAGGCUGCGUGCUCGCAGCCCGUGCUUCCUGGGGACUGCGACGGCGACCCCAAUGGGUCGGUGCGACCCAUCAAGAUGGAGCAGACAGCCCUUAGUCCUGAGGUGCGGUGACCCAAGGCAGUGGCGCCUCGCCUGCUGCGCUGUGAACUCCCUGUAAAAGGGACUGAGGUCGCCCAGAUGAGGAAACGCCCUGUAGUCCUGGAAGGGUGACCAGUGACUCGGGGGCUCCGCAGACUUUUCAGAAGAAUUUCCCACAGACUACCUGAGGUGGCCUUGCUAGUGUCCUCUUCCCUGGGUCGAGGCCAGAGAACCAACAAAGCAAAGUGACUACGGGGUCCUUAGGGGUGCUGAGAGAGGUAGGGAAGGGUCUGGACGCCUUCGCAUCGGCGCCCCCUGCUGGAGGCGGGAAGCCCCUGGACAGUGUAUGGA